CGUCCGUCCCCGCAGCAGUAGUAGUAGCAGUCGGCUCAUAUCCGCGGUCCGGACGCGCACGAUGCGAUCGAAACACAUUGUAACGUCGGGCGCAAUGUCAUCCCGCGGUAAACGAAUCGAAUAAAAACCGACCGAAAUAACUGCGUUGCAAAUCCGACAUCGACGAGACGAUAUAAUUUUAAAUAUUGGUGUAUUAUAAUUUCAAAUCGUCACGCGAAACUUAAAUCUACCCGCGAUUGGCCCGCUAAAAAACAUUAUAAUAACGCAUUUAAAAAACCGUCGCGAAUUUCCCCGCUAUCGCCGCAGUAGCCGAGAUAUGCGCUUGGUGCGGAUGACGUCGGACCACAGCAAGAAGAGGCGUCGAGGCCCUUCGUCGGCGGACCAGCAAGGCGCGGCCACCGCCUCGUCGUCGUCGUCGUCGUGCUCGCCGCCGUCCGAAGAUUUGUGGUGGACCGAGGCGGCUGUCAACGAGGUGACUGCCGAGCACCCGGGCGAGCUGGUCCGCACCGGAUGUCCGUACAUGCUGUGCAGCGCCCUGCCCACGCAUUGGCGGUCUAACAAGACGCUGCCCGGCGCGUUCAAGGUGGUCAUAUUGUCCGAGGUGCCGGACGGCACGGCCGUCACGCUCAAAGCCGGAAACGACGAGAACUGUUCGGCCGAGCUGCGCAACUGUUCCGCCCUGGUCAAGAACCAAAUCGCCAAGUUCAACGACUUGAGGUUCGUCGGGCGCAGUGGACGAGGGAAAAGUUUCACUAUCACUAUUACAGUUUCAACAUGUCCACCUCAAGUAGCAACGUACAAUAAAGCAAUCAAAGUUACUGUGGACGGACCUCGAGAGCCACGAUCAAAAUCUCUACACCAAGGUCCCCCUCAUCAGUUUCGUGGAUUGGGCCUCGGACCGAGGCCCUUUAUGGAGAAUGCAUCGUUUUCUAAUCAUUUACGGGAGUUGGAUACAUAUCGUCGGGUAAAGACCGAAGAAUCACCCGUUCUCGAACAAUCGUAUCGGUCAACAAACAAUCAAGAUGAACAUUCAGACAUACCCGUUGGCGUAACUGAAUCGAGCAACUGGUGUAGCUAUUCGACGUCAUCGUAUUCACCUAGUGCCGCUCCACUCGGAGGAGCCGCAUAUAUUGCGUACCCCGACGCCACCGGACCUGCCGCCACCAUGGCAAUGGAAGCUCCCUCAGCCAUGUACGUAGGCAGUCAUCAGGAAGUCCAGCAAAACAAUCACAUGGCCGACUAUUGCGGUUCGCACCAACAACACCAACACCACCACCAACAACAACAACACGAGCACCACCACCACCACCAACAACAACAACAACAACACCACCAACAGGAACUCUUAAAACCGGUGCUCCAUCACCAGGACGCAGUGGAAACAGGCGUCGGCGGAAGCUAUUACCCGUCGUCCUGGCCGACCGCGGAACACCACCAUCACCAUCAUCCGUCGUCGUACCAUCACCACCAUCACCAUUCGGCCGCGGUCGCGUACCAGUACAACGGGGCAGUGGUCCCACCGCCACCGCCGCCGCCGCCGCCGCACCAUCCGGUGCAGAUGACUGCCGAACCGCCGCCCGUGCCACCACCCACCACGAUGGUGCUGUACCCGCACCUGUACUCGACGGUGAACCAGAACCAGAUACACCUGCACCUGCACGCGCCGUCGUCCGCGGCCGAACAACAAUUGCAGCAGUUGCACAUCAACAACAAUAACAACAACAACAACAAUAGCAUCAAGGACCCGUCCGCGGCCGACCACCAUCAUCAUCAGUACGUCGUGGACGACGUGGCUGCGUUGGCGGCGGUGGCGGCCACCGGCAAUCCGGCCGCACAGUUAGCGAUCAACGCGGCCGGCAGCGGAGGAGUGAACGCGCGCGGCAUCGAAAUCGGACUGUUACCGCCACCCCCCGCCGUACCGCUCGACGAACACCAUCAGGCGAGCGACAUCAUACCCAUCGGUGGCCGGUACAGUGACCGACAGCAACAGCAGCAACAGCACACCGACUUGGCCGUCUGGCGGCCCUACUGAUCAGCGGCGGCGGCGACGUCGUCAGUUAUUUUUAUUACUUCUACAGACGACUAUCGCGCAUAAAUCAGAUGCUAAGGAUUUAUAGCGUCGCAGGUCCUGUGUAGCUAUAAUAAUAAUUAAUAUUAUAUCGUUGACUGUAUGACUGUGUGUUUUCAUACCGUUUCAAGAAUGGUGGCGCUAAACUUAUUAAUAUUAUCAUUUUUUUUUUAUUAUUAUUAUUAUUAUUAUUAUUAUUUUUAUCAUCUAUAUUUUAAUGUCAACGGUUUAUUAUGGUGAGCGAGUGGAUAAACUCCCCCCCCCCACCUAUAAUGUAGAACGAAAUCGUAUUUUGUACGAUAUGCGUAAUGCGACUAUUUCGAAGACUACUUUUGAUCCCUAACGAGAUUGUUUGAAACAUUGAAAUAAACAUUAUCCGUACCUAUUCGAUUGCGCUGAAUUUCAAAAGUUUAUUCAUCGAGAUGUAUAGACCUUUUUUCGUAGAAUGCUAAACGAAACUUUUUUUUUAAUUGUGACAAAUCGCAUUGUAAUAAAUUAUUUCAAAAUUACCGUAAAAGACUUUUUCGUAAACUCGGAUUCUUGUUAAAAAAUGUUAUACUAGCCUGUAAUUGUCAUAUCGAUUCAAUAAGAAUUUUGAAAAAAAAAACAGUGUCACCGGGGAUGCAGUGAUGUAUUUAGAGCUAAAACAAAGACCACUCUGAAAUUAGUAUCAUUAUAUAAACCCGGAGACUUUUAAGUUGACUUAUUGUUUUCCAUAACCAAUGCUUUGGCUGUAUUGAGAAAUUUAAUUUUUGUCGCAAAAAUUCAAAAUCAAAUGAUUUGUGAAAUCAAUAUUAUUUAACUUGAAAUUUCAAACGAGGUAUAGCCGUAUAGGAAAAUCUCUUGUGGAAGUCUCCCACUACAGAACGUCGUACAUCCCUUCAGUGACAACUGCUGUGUAGAUCAUAAUGUUUACAUAACCUAACUAAUACUGUUGAACGCUCAAUAAAGAUCACGAACCAAUACACUACUAGCUGAUCAUGAUAUCGUAUUGUAAUAUGACGUAUUAUUGAUCACACGCGCGAUCACUGAAACGGUUUCGAAAUCAUUUGCCUUUUUCGUUCGUCUACAUUAAAGCGCGUCAAAAUAUUCCUCGGCACGCGCAUUCCGACGUAUCUCAUCGUUUUCUUUUCCUUGUAAUAUUAUAAUGUUGUAUUGUAUAUUUACUAUUAAUUUUAAUAUACGUUUUAUAUGUACGCGUGUCCCGCGAGUGUGUGUACU